AGCCUCUUACUUCAGCCAGUGCAGGAGUAGAAACUUUUGACCCCCACAAAACUACAAAGUCGCCUCAGAAUCCGCAUCGUGCUAGUUUUGGAAUCGUAGAUCGAGACACAGAUAUUCUAUAUACCGCUUUUAUUUUUCCGCAGCCGCUAUUUAUAUUUUGAUUUUUUCAAGAUCAAGAACAAGAAGUGGUGCGUCAGCCUCAGCAUCUUCAGCAACUUUUAUUCCUUCGUCUCGGUCGGAGGAGGUGCAGGAGGAUUUAUAAGUGGCCCAACUGAUUGUGAUUGUGAUUGUGCAUCAGCAUCACCUGCUACCGUGCUCUAUUUAAACAAACUUCCCUUUGGGAUUUUACUUAUUUCUAUAUAAGAGAAUAUAGAAAAACAAAAAGAAGCUCUGUCAUCCUCAGGGGGCGGUAAGUACUACGUAGCAGGCAGAAGGAGGUCGUAGAGGAGAUCGCUACCUGUCGACAUCAUGAAGCUUUUUCUUAUUUUCGUUCUCGCUGCGACAGAAAGGGUCGUGGCCGCGGCCGGGACGAAACCGCCAUCUACAAAGGGUAAAGGGCGUCGAAGCCGCAGCCCCGCGAAUAGUGGAAGCCGCAGCGCGGGGGCGGGUAGGAGAUUGCACAACUCCCCCUCCCCCUCAUUUGUACUUAUUGCAUGAGGAGCGGCAAUACCAAUACAAGCAUCAGCCAGAAUGCCGGUUUGGCAGGACAAUAAAUUUGCACCAGAGAAGUGCUGUGCUAUUUGGGCUAUCAGAACUUUUCAUGCAAAUGGCUUACUAAGCCAGCGACUCACGUUGGCACUUUGCAUGAUAAAUGAGGGGGAUGGGGGGUUGUGCACUUUUAUAUCGAGGAGCCGCGAACGCAAGCCGAACAACCCGAAGGCGAAGGCCAAGCGUAGUUCUAGAUCUAGUUCUCGCGGCGCCAGCGUGGCGAGUAGUAGGAGUAGUAGUAGCGGCGUGCACAUUGAGGAGGAAGUCUAUGAAAGUGUCAGAAUCUUCGAAAUGGACAAAAUCGAAAAACUUGUGAUGCACAAAAUGAAAAUCAAUGAAGUCCUCUCAGUUCCCAAGUGGCGCAUGACAAAUUUCGGGAGCACUGAAAUCUAGUCUGUCGCGCUGUUUCGCUAGCUGCUAGAAGGCCAACCGCAGAGCAUUCUGGCGCGGUUUUGCUCCGUUCCACCUGGCGGAAAAACGCAAAAAAUGGGCGCCGGCUUCGCUUGCUUCGCUUCAAAAAGCCAGCCGGCAAGCUUUUUGGCGUGGCUUUGCUCCGUGCCCUCAUGCGGAAACGCGUAAAAAAACGGGCGCCGGUUUCGCUUGCUUCGAAAAAGCCGGCCGCGCAGCUUUUUGGCGUGGUUUUGCCCCCUCCGUGUCCCCAUGCCAGUCCCCGCGAGAAACCGGGCGCCGCCUUGCUUCGCCCAAUGUUUUGCAUUUUGUCAUCGCCUUGGCAUUUGGUGACCAGCUCCGAUAUGUGUGGGUCUGUAAGCAUCUAGCUUUAAUGUGUGACGGCUCAUGCAAAAUAUGCACGACAAACAAACUUGGGCUCAUGCAAAUUAUGCAUGACGAAGUGAAUCGCGCAAAAUAUGCAUGAAAAAGGGGAUCGUGCGCAAUAUGCGUGACAAAGUAGCCUGCGCCAUAGUGGAUCAGGCCAAAUAUGCAUGACAGACCUGGGCUCUUCCAGACCCAGACAUAUCGGCAAAGAAUAUCGCAUCGGUUGGAGUCGGGUAAAGUCGGGUAAGGUCGCUCUGCCUGUCGCGACCUACUUCCCCAACUAACUUUACCCUUCUCAAAACCUACCCUGGACCCGACUUUUACCCGACUCUUCACCCGAGUCCACAGCUCGUGUUUGUUUUUUCCCCCGAGCUGUAUCGGUCGGUUGAGGAGUCGGGUGGAUUCGGUUCCUGGGUCGGUUCCUGGUGAGGCUGUGCCCCCCCCAUCGUUAAAUCCAGUAUCUCGCCCUGUUACCUACCCUGGAACCUGCCCUGGAACCAGGGUAGGAAUGCCAAUUUUGGCUAGUUGCUGCAGUUUCAAUAGUAAUUUCGGGAGCGCUGAAAUCUAGUCUGUCGCGCUGUUUGGGCAAAGAAGACUGCUCCUGUCGUGCUACGUACUCUCGUGGCAGCACAUCGCGCGCCCCUAAACAAGCUUACUUACAAUCGAUCUCAUUUGCCUGCUUUCCAAUACAGGCCGCCAGUGCCCUAAAUUUUACGCAUCGCAAAUUUUUCGAUUUUGUCCAUUUCGAUCCUGACACAUCCAUGAAGUCGCUUCGCUCGAAAAGACGUUUCGCGAAAUCGCGAAGGAAAUGGUCUUGGCCAUAUGCAUUGGAAAUAUGUCCUCUGGGUCUCCCGGAAAGAUUGGAACUUGUGAUGCGUAUCUUACAACACACUCACGACACACAAACUUUUCAUGCAUAGGCACCAAAAGUACAAGUGCCCCACUUCGCGGCAUCGAAGUAGAGAAUUUGUGAUGCUGAUAUAAUACGCAUGAUUAAUUUUGCGGAACCUUCUCAAAACCUGUGAACAUGGCUUCCAGCAUGCCAGACGUUCCGAGUGAGACAUGGAAAACCAGCAUGACCGAAAUAAAAUCUGCAAUCUUCCACACCCCGACUCAGACAUACUUAUUUGCAUUUGAUAGGCCACGACCCAGGGCCGCGGGCCCGCCAAAGACCGGAGAACCGUUCUGGUCGUGUUCAGUGACGGAAGCAGUGAUAGUGAACAAGAUAGCAGCGACGGAAGCAGUGGCGGGAGCAGUGACAGAAGCCGUGAUAGAAGACAGGACCGCACUGGUGCGGUCGCGUCGUACGCAGUGUACGCCCAAUCGUACGAGAUCAAACGAUAUGCGUUGCAAAUGUGUUUGGAAGGAUGCAGCUUGUCAUGCUAGAUCUGGAUCAUGCAAGAAUUUGUGUUGCACGAUUACCAAACGUGGUGCACUUCUGACCAAGUCGAGAGGGAGUUUCGCAUGCAGGAUAGGCAUCCAUGAUACAGAUCUCAGAGAACCUGUCGUGCUUGGUUCUGCAUUCCAGAGCCCAUGGACCACGUUAAACUAACCUGCGUGACAAGUCUCUUCAUCUUCCAGACCCAGGCAUUCUUGCAAUCCAUAAAAGACAAAGAGUGCCGGACGACGACGAUUACGAGACUGACGGCUUCUUGAACGACAGCGGGUAUGUGCUCGAUCUGAAAAACACAGAGUGCGGCGGCAGGCCCUGUAAGUUCGUCGUUUCGCUGGCUACAAGCAAGGCGGUCAAUGAUGAAGCACUGUCGGGCAGGUUCGUGACUGCUGAGAGUCAGAAAGAGAAAAUUCACUCCCUGGCCGAGCUGCUGACGCGCACCGAAACGGCCCUCGUUGGAAGUUUCGGCUUCGACAACGAAAAUGACAAGGUUGCGAAUACGUUGGCGGCUCAGUACGCGCUUGCAAAGCGCUUCCGGAAGGAGUUUUUCGAGAAAAAAAGGCGCUGGCUGCACGAUGAGCUUUUCAACGACGGCCUCCAUAAAGGGCAGAAGAUGUUCGGUCAGGCGGUGAGAGGUUUUGACAAGGAGCUACUGCAGCGCGCUGGCGUCUCCUUGACGACCGUCUUCGACGAGGAAACGAAAGAACACGUCGCUUCCGUGCCGCAGAAUGAUUUUGUGUCCAUCCGCAAUUUUUUUCUGCAGCCGAUCCCUGAGCCAAACGUUGGCCGCCGCUCGGGCUCCUUUCGACGCACCCGUUCCAUGUCAAGAGAAUCUGUGUCGAGCAGCGCGCCCGAGACGCAAUCUGACCAGGGGACGGCCUCCACGUUGGUCCCGGCGGUGUUCCGACGACGAGAGGAGGGGAGUUCGCUCGAGCUCUCGUCCAUUGCCGAGCUUCGGGGAUUGGCGCGCGCGAUCACAGUCUUCGCUGGGUAUGAAAUGCAAAAGCACCAUCGUACUAAUACAAAUCGCCUGUUGACAAAAAAUUCCCUCAGCAUGAAAAAUGGAACUUGUAAUGCGGAUUUACAUUUAGGUUACGAGGGAGAUUUGUAAUGCAUGAUUGCGAAUACUAGUACUACUACUACGAGUACGAUACUUUUGCACAGGAUAGCGAGCGACGCACCAUGUCGAUGAGUUUCGACCACGUUGUUUUCGCUUGCGACAAUAAGCUGGCGCUCGAAGAAAUUCGUUUUGGAUGGAGCAGAAGAGGAAGUUCCCGCUCCGCCUUCGCCGUGCCCCACACGUUGGUGCAGGAUGCUGUCGCGCAGUUGGGGGUCUCCCCGGCCCAGGAACACGGCGAUGCUUUCUACCGUUUCGCUUGGCAGCCAGCGGGGCACAUGUUGUCCGAGGGCCUUACAACCCGCCUUAGCGAGGGAGAUUUGUUUUUUUCCUCAGCGCAGCGGUUCGCAGACGCGGGCGCGCGGCUUUUCCGGAAAGCGGUUGAAAACCCCAAAAGGGCUUUGGCGGUGCCUGCACGGCACCACGACAAGUCGAGAGUCGUCGGGGAAUUCCGUAAAAAAUUUUUGUCCCCCACGAGCCACGGGCUCCAGACCGGCAUCGUCGCUGGCCUGGCUUUCUUCAAACGCAGCCGCGACCAACAAGCGCAGGGUACGAAUUUGUUCACGCUGGAAUUAGGGGUGGAUCCGAGCUUCCCACCUGAGCGUAACGAUCAAGAGUUUUGCGGACAUGGUGUGCCAGGCUCUCGUGUGGCGCUCGGCACACUGAGGUCUGUUGAAGACUCGUUUUGUCCAUCGUGUCCUGAAGCCCCUGCGUCCCCCGUCACGAUAUCUCACAGAGCAGGUCCAGGGUAUGAUGGGCGUUUGUCGACGAUCCUGAGUGAUGUGGGUGGCGGCUCUGGCUCUGUCUCCGCUCCUGCAAACCGCAGCGACGAUCCUGAUGUGGCAAACCUCAGCGACGUUAACCAAGGCCAUCAAAGGGGACACCCAAUUAUUUCUAUUGUACCGCUUGCGUUUGUCAGCCAAUCGGGUACGCGCCCCGGAGGAGCCCCCUGCGCCACCGGGAGUUUGCCCAGGCCCCGUCUCGGACCGGUGCCGGAAAACGUCCAAACUUGGCCGCUAUCAAAUGUAAAAACGUCUGGGACUGGGUCUGGAAACUUGUGAUGCUGGGUGGCGUCUCGUGAUGAGCAUGAGGCCAGAAAUGCUGGCUCAGCAUGACAAGUCUCUGAUUCUGAGCUUCUAGGCUUUGCCUAUUCUGAAUGACAAACUGCGUUUCUGCAUCACAGAAAAAUGGGGCUCUUGGGUAACGUGCGUGGCAAAUUUAUAGAGUUAUGCCAGGCAAGCAUGACAAACAUUCAUACAUCCUUGCAGACCCAGAUCGAUUUUUGCACUUGAUAGCCGCAACAUCAAGUAGUAGGCCACACGCCACAACCUCCACCGCCACCGCCCCAGUCCUUGCCCGCUUGCGGCAACUCGCCGGCACAAGCAUCGUCGGGCGCGAUGAGUGUGGUGCAUCCCUUUCCGGUCGUUGCCCCCCAAGUCCUCGUGCCGUAUCAACGUUUUGGUCCGGUUAUCAAGUGUAAAAAUGUCUGGGUCUGGAAGAAUGCAACUAGUGAUGCUGCAUUAGGAUUCAAAAAAAAUCUGUACUGCAUGAGUACCAAAGGGAAUGCAAUUUUUGCUACGCUGAGAAGGCAUUUGUCAUGCGGAAUAGGCAUCAAGAAGCCUUCAGAAAAUCUGUAUUGCUCGGGUAUGCAUCACAGACAUCAUGGCUCAUGCAAAUGCGUAUGACAGAUUCUCGCAUUCUUCCAGACCCAGACAUUUUUACAUUUGAUACCGGUUGGAGAUGGCAUUGGGGCGUCCUCCACUUCUAGACAGUCCAUACGGUUACGGGAUGGGUUAUGGGAUUCUCAAUUGUUACAUUCUCAACUGUUACAUGAAUCUGUGCUGCAAGAAUGGCAACAGGGAAAGGGCGGACCUUGCAACUCUUGCAUUACAAAUUCGGCACAGAUUGCCAUGCUGUUUAGCCCUUCCAAAAUUUGUCAUGCGAAGUAGCUUCACCGUGUGGGCGUUAGUGCUCAUUUUGCAUGACAAAUCAUGUAACAGUUGAGAAUGUAACAUUUGAGAACGCCAUAUGGGUCGAUGUACAACGGGUUCCUCAAAGAUGGCAAGACGAGGCACGGAUGGGGUAGGUGGACGUCGGCGGACGAGCAGCGGGAGUACGAGGGAGAGUGGUCCGACGGCUCACGACACGGCUAUGGCGUGUACAGGGAUACGGAUGGGUCGACGUACAACGGGCAGUGGAAGAACCACAAGAGGCACGGCAGGGGCACGUUGACGUUGGCGAGCGGGCGGGUGGAGUACGACGGAAGUUGGCAGAAUAACAAGCCCCACGGGCAGGGCGUGCACGCGUAUUCGGAUGGCCGGAAAUACGACGGGCACUGGUGUCUUGGCCAGAGGGACGGCAAAGGCACGCUGACGUUCCCGAACGGGCGGGUGGAGUACAAUGGAGGGUGGUUGAAGGACAAGUACCACGGCCAGGGCGCGUGGGUGGGUGGGUCGACGUACGACGUACGACGGGUGGGUCGACGUACUACGAAUGAGGAUGGGUCGACGUACGACGGGCAGUUCGUUUUUGGAAAGAGGCAUGGCAAGGGCGUGCUCGUGUCGCCAGACGGAGUCAGGUACGAGGGGGAGUUUGAGGGAAACGAGAAGCACGGUCAGGGCGUGGAGACGUUGCCGGACGGGAGCAAGUACGAAGGGGGUUUUUGGAACGGCAGGAGGUUCGGCAAGGGCAAGGAAACGAGGCCGGACGGGAGCUGCCACUACAGCGGGUAG